CGUAGAAAACCAGGACUGCGCCUUCAGGCCGCGGCUGCACACCACAGCGCACACACACAAGUGCGAAAAUCCCCAAAUUCUGAGGGCGGCGGCGGGGAACCGAAGUGAGCGGUGGCGGAGGUUUGGCCCGCCCACGAAGCAACCCGCGCCGUCUCCUCCAGAUCGAGUAGCCACCCUGAAGUACUAGGCUGCCGCCGCCAGCUCCGGGAAGGUGCUGCUGGACGCCGCCUCCAGAACAUCGCGCAUACUCGAGGUCGCCUUCACCAACUCGAGCUCCUAACCAGCCCAGCGGCCGUCGUUCUCUCUUCACGCUCUGCUCUACAAUCCUGUGCUAAUCCGUUCCUCCAAGAUUAUCCUCGGGCCAAUGGCGUAUGAAGAUGAGGCAGCUAUUGUUAAGGCAAUUAAGCAAGAGAGAACUGUGAAUAUUCAGAAUCAUGUAUUAGUUUCUGGUGUAGUUGUGGAUGCAUAUGAAUUUGAUGAUGUUAGCAAGCCACUGAAGUCUGGGCAUAUUUUACAUGCCAACAAACGGGAGGAUAUACCGUUUAGUAUAGUAGGACAAAAGCUUGAAGGGUCCAUGACUGGCAAGACUCCUGCUUGUUUUUUGGUGAGCGAGAACACAGAGCUGACUAGAAUGAAGAAUGUCUUGAAAAUGGGUUUCAAUUUGAAGAACGUUGGUAUUCUGAAACCAAUUUUCGUUGCUCAGAGUGAUCAGAAUCCUCAAGUUGUUCCUCAGGGUCAAGUUCCUCCUCCAGAUCCUCAAUUGCCAAAAGUAGUGUCUGGAUUCAGUCCAUAUGAUCAAUCCUUCAUUGAUUGGUUAACUUCUCAGAAUGUCAAUAUGAAGACAAGAGGUCCGUAUCUCUUUAAGGAGGAAAAACAGAUGCUCAGGACGGCCUAUGCAGCAAUUGACGAAAUGUGGAAUAAUGACUAUACAUGUGACAGUUUGGCUGAUCCUGCGAGCUAUGUCAUGAUAGGGUGGAGAAUUAAAAUUCUGCCGCAUCUUAUCCGUCGCAAAGUUCAAACAGAUAUUGACGUUAUGCCUCUUCGCACAGCUUUUGCAGAUUUGAUUGAAAAUAACCUAGCAUCACUAUGGGCAAAUCCAGAAUUACAUGACUUCAUUCUUCUUCUUAAAAAGGAAAAGGCAAGGACUGUUGACGAUAUAUUUGGCCACCCCAUUCUGCUUACCCCGGGAAGACGGCAGAUUUUGUAUCGUACAUUCAGUACAAGGAGGAUAUCUGUGAACAUGAAAAACUUUUUGAACAAAAUUCCAUUCUCUCCUCACUGGAGAGUUAACAAGCCUCAUAAUCAUGUUGUUUUGGAUAGUAUUUGUCAAAACCGCACAUUCUCAAAUGAUGUCGUAGGGGCGCUAAUGUUUGCUGAUAUGGUCUCUAGACAUUAUGUGGAGCACGCGAAGAUUAUUUUCGAGGCGAAUUGGGUUAAUCAUGUAAGGGAGGAUACAAUUGACAGAGCGUUGAUCCAAAGUGUGCCUGGCCUGCUCAGCAAACGCUAUGCUCAGGGCUUUGAUGCGGACUACCCAAGACCUCAAUUACCAUCCUAAAAUUUCAGUAAGAUGUCAUUCCAUGCCCUCUGCAACUCCAGCGCUCUACUCCUGAACUGUGCCACUCAGGCCCCAGGUGGCUGGCAUCACCACCAUACAGUACUUGUCGGCCACUGCUAUCAGGUCUGUCUAUCUAUCGUGAAAAAGAUGAACGGUUUUAGAAGUAAGAGAGUUUAAGUUAGAGGUAGAAAUAAAUGUAGAGAUAAAAUAGGCUUAAACAACCAUGUCUUGUGCUCCAAUCCUCUCCCUCACAUGUAUUUUAUUUAUUAUCAUGCCUGUGGUUGUUUGAAUAACUACUAGUAUUUGGAGCAUGUUUUUGCAAAACCAGUUUUCAGAGUAGGAAAAACCCGUUUUAAGUUGCUGUUUUAUUAAAACUGGUUUAUAGAAUAUUCUUUGUUUAGACAUGUCUUUCGGGUCAUCCUCAACCUUGAGAAAGAUCCCAAGCCGUUCAUGUGAGAGGUGAGGAGGUCCGAGUGGAGGCACCGCGCCCAGGAUGCCGACCACUGCACAGUUCGUGCUGCUCUCGACGGGCCGACGGGCCCAUCACGGACAUACAUAGAGCUGGGCGUGCUCGACCACGUCAUGUCCAUCGACACGCGGGGCGCUGCCUGGCAUCGUGCGCGCGGCCGCCGGUGAGCUCGGGCGCACGCCACUGAGAGCCGAGGAGAUGGAGGCCAUGACGGAGACGCUGCUACAUGGGAAGGUGUUGCGCGUGGUCGAAGGGGCGCAGGCCACGCUGUUCUUCACGUCCGACCAGGCCAGGACGCUCGGGCCGUCAGCGGCCACAACCUUGUCUUCGACGGCGCCGCCACCGCCAUCAACCCCACAUACACGGCCGCCGCAGCGGCGCGGAGCACGCCAUGGUCACAAGAGAAACACUGCUCUUGUCCUCGCCAAGAAGCAGUAGCCACAUCACCUGGAAUGGCUGACCUUGACGUAACAGGCAUACCUGGACGCUACCCACACACAGGCUGACCUUGACGUAACAGGCAUACCUGGACGUUACCCACAGGCGUAGCUUUGGUUUAUGGACGUUUUCCCAAAUACUCGUUUUCCUGGUUUGCGGGAAACCAAGUUUUCCUUAUCCUGAGAUUUUGGUUGGCCCAACCAAACAUAGUUUUCGGUAGUUAGAAUCCUAAACGUAAAUAGUGGAGACAGGUUUGGUAUAAAUCCCGGUUUUGCUAAGGCACAUCUAUAAAUCCCGUAUCCAAACAACCAAGGGU